AAGUGCAGAGUUUGACGCUAUGGCAAGAACUAAGCAGACCGCCCGUAAGUCCACCGGUGGCAAGGCGCCAAGGAAGCAGCUCGCCACUAAGGCUGCCCGCAAGAGCGCGCCGGCUACCGGCGGCGUGAAGAAGCCUCAUCGUUACAGGCCCGGCACUGUGGCUCUGAGGGAGAUCCGCCGUUAUCAGAAGUCUACUGAGCUGCUCAUCCGCAAGCUGCCCUUCCAGCGCCUGGUGAGAGAAAUCGCUCAGGACUUCAAGACCGACUUGCGUUUCCAGAGCUCGGCCGUCAUGGCCCUGCAGGAAGCGAGUGAGGCAUAUCUGGUCGGUCUGUUCGAGGACACCAAUCUGUGCGCUAUCCACGCCAAGAGAGUGACCAUCAUGCCCAAGGAUAUUCAGCUGGCCCGCCGUAUUCGCGGAGAACGCGCUUAAGCCACAACUCCGUCUAAUAUACACAAAGGCUCUUUUCAGAGCCACUUCAUCGUCUCAGAAAACGGAAAGUUUUCUUUCUUCGGCAGUCUCAAUAUUAGAACGUGGUACAGAGAUAAAAUGACACUUUUUUUUAUUUAUAU